AUCCCGGCAGAGCGCUCUGCGGACUGCCCCGCCGUCGCACCUUGGCAGCGAGCAGUUCCGCAGAAUCCCGGCAGAGCGCUCUGCGGGCGGCCUCGCCGUCGCACCUUGGCAGCUCGUCAAGCCCCUGGGAGAAGAAACGCCGGCCUUCUCGCGCGCGUUCUGCGCAGCGGACGAACAGUCAAAAUACCGCGGCGGCGCCGCCUCCCUCUCCCGUAAACACACACACACACACACACGCGCACAUGCUCUAGCGAGCGCGCGCGCGCGCAGAGCCGUAGCAUCGAUUUCCAGGACCGGGAGGCUGUCCGGGGUAGAAGAGGCGCCGUUUGGAGCCGGGGCGUGCGACGCGGCGCGCUGAAGACCCGCCACACGGCGUCAUCUCCGACAGCAGCGCCGCGCACGCACACGAUUCCGCCCCGGGCCGCCGGUGGUCGCGGGAGCGUGGCCGGGCGCCGGCAUGCGCCGCCGGUGCUGAUGAUGGCGUCCCUGCUGGUGCUGGCGGCGGCGGCGGCGGCCGUGCAGCACCCCUUCAAGUACGUGCCGCCGCCGGGGCUGCGGUGCGACUUCGAGGCGCCGUGCGACUGGCGGUGGAACGACUCGUGGCCGCUGGGCUUCAGGCUCGUCAGCGGCCGCCAGAUGAACGACUCCGCCGCGCCGGGGCCCUUCACUGACGCCGACAACAACUACCAGGGCCACUUCCUGUACCUGAACGUGUCUGGCGACACGAAGCAGGUGAGCAUCUGGAGCCCCAUGUACGAGACGGUGACGCGCGAGGUGUGCCGCCUCGAGAUGAUGCUGCACAUGGCCAACAUGGCGAGCGCCGUGCUGAAGGUCGUCAUCAACAACAUCAGCGGCACGUCGUGGGUCAUCCGCGAGCGGAUGGGCAAGGACCGCAGCGUCUGGGAGAAGUACAACUUCAGCAUCGGCUCUAUCAGCCAAGUGUUCAGAGUGAUAUUCGAGGUGGAAGGCAACGACCCUGGUCACUUGGGCAUCGACAACGUUGCCUUGGUCGACUGCUUUCCAGAGGAGCCGCUGAUGGACGAGUGCAAGGCGGACCAGUUCCGCUGCGACAGCGGGCUGUGCGUGGAGCGCUGGAUGGUGUGCGACAUCGCGCGGGAUUGCCUCUCCGGGGAAGACGAGGAGCAGGACUGCGACAAGCUGCCGCCGCACGGCCGCUGCGACUUCGAGGACGGCUGGUGCGGCUGGGAGAACACGGACCGCAGCUCGCUGCAGUGGGAGCUGCGCCAGGGACCCACGCCCAACGCCGGCACGGGCCCCAGCGUCGACAACACCUUCAGGAACGCCACCGGUCGAUACCUGUACGUCGGCAUGUCGGUGAAGGGCAAGCAGAUGGGAGAUGGAGCCAGGAUGAGGAGUGCCACGUUCAACCCCCCACCGCCGUGCACGAGCAACUCUUCCUCUCCCUACUUCAACAGCUGUGUGGUGCGGUUCUUCUCCCACCAGUUCGGACCGCACAUCGGCUCGCUGGAGCUCUUCCUGGUGAAGGAGCCGAGCAAGCACAAGGAGAAGCGCGUCACUCUGCUGAUGAGGAACUUUGGCAACAAGGGAAACAGGUGGAACCGCCACAAGUACCCGCUGCCGCAGAUCACUCACAAAUACCACUUGCAGUUUGAGGCAAGAAGGGGCGUUUCCACAAAAGGUGACGUUGCUGUUGAUGAUAUUUCCCUGAGUCCAGAAUGCUUUGGAAUUGGUAUUCCUGCUGAUGUACUGAAUGGAUAUAAUUACAGUUUGUAUGAGGAGCCCCCAUUUCAAGAGCCACACAAAGACAUGCAGAAUAAAACAUUUUACGUGCUGACGACAUGCGGCGCGGAGGGCCGCGAGGGACCCACCAAGGAGGACUGCAGCCUGGCCUACAACAACACCAGCACCAAGGUCGCCGUGCUCGACUCGUCCCCCCCGCUGGGCGUCCAGCGGUGGCUGGUACCCGAGACCGGAUACUACACGAUCGUGGCGAAGGGCGCCGGCGGGGGAAAGGGCUCCAACGACGACCACGAGACGAGUCGCGGGGCGGUGGUGCGCGCGGUGGUGCACUUCGAGAAGGGCCAGGAGCUGUUCGCGCUGGUGGGGCAGCGCGGCUCCGACGCCUGCAAGAAGCACAUAUCGAGCAACCACGCGUCCUCGUGCAAGGUGCAGCCGGUGACGCUGGCGACGCUGGCGCCCACGCCCCGCCUCACGAGCGCCGUGCACAAGCUGCACCUGCUCGACAUCCGCAACGGCGGCGGCGGCGGCGGCGGCGCCACCACGCUCUUCCUGGUGAACAAGGACCGGCAGCCGAUCCCGCUGCUGGUGGCGGCCGGGGGCGGGGGCCUGGGACACCACACGCUGCCCAACAAGCAGCUGCAGCACGCCCACGGCGAGAACAGCGACGCGCUGCCCGUCACCGGCAUGGAGUACGGCCUCAACGCGGCGGGAGCCGGCGGCGGCUGGCAGGCCAACGAGGCGCUGCCCCCCAGGAACAUCACCGGCGAGGCGCUGCUGCAGGGCGCCCGGGGCGGCAAGGCCUGCUACGACACCGACAUCGGCGCCGGCAACGGCGGCUUCGGCGGCGGCGGCGGCGGCUGCGUGGCGGGCGGCGGGGGCGGCGGCUUCGCAGGCGGGUCGGCGUGGAACGACUCGUUCAACAGCGGCGAGGGCGGGUACUCGUUCUUCGGCGGCGCGGCGCUGAUGACGGAGGUGCUGAGUCGCCCGCACAGCGGCGCCGGCUCCGUGCACGUCGUGCCGUCCGUGUACCAGGGCUGCGGCUGCGACUUCGACUGCGUGGCCCUGGACGAGUACCGCCACGAGGUCAAGUGCCUGUGUCCGCUCGGCUGGCGGCUGGGGUUCGACAACACCAGCUGCGAGUCGGGCGACGUCCCGACAAACCUGCACGCGACUCUGCCGAUCUGGGUGUACGUGAUCGGCGCCAUAGCGGCGGCCGUGCUCUGCCUGUUCGUCGUGCUGAUCUGCUUCUUCCUGUGUAAGUACUACAACCUGUACCAGCGCAAGAAGCUGGCCGCGCUGCGCCGCCGCGUGCUGAGCGGCGGUCCAGACCUGCAGCUGAACCGCCUGCGCGAGGCCUCCGACAGCAUGCUGACCGAGUACAACCCCAACUACGAGUUCGGCGGCGGCACCUACACCAUCCGCGACCUCAAGGACAUCCCGCGGGACCAGCUCCGCCUCGUCAAGGCUCUGGGACAAGGGGCUUUUGGAGAGGUCUACCAGGGUUUCUUCAGACAUCGCGCAGGAGACGCUGUAGAAAUGCCGGUCGCUGUCAAGACCCUGCCCGAGCUGUCCACCAACCAGGCGGAGACGGACUUCCUGAUGGAGGCGCUGAUCAUGAGCAAGUUCAAGCACCCCAACAUCGUGCACUUCAUCGGCGUGUGCUUCGACAAGCACCCGCGCUUCAUCGUGCUGGAGCUGCUGGCCGGCGGUGACCUCAAGACGUUCCUGCGCGAGUCGCGCCCCAAGCCCGACCGGCCGUCGCCGCUGCGCAUGAAGGACCUCAUGACGUGCGCCGUGGACGUGGCCAAGGGCUGCAAGUACAUGGAGGACAACCGCUUCAUCCACCGGGACAUCGCGGCCAGGAACUGCCUGCUCACCACCAAGGGCCCCGGCCGGGUCGUCAAGAUAGCCGACUUCGGCAUGGCCAGGGACAUAUACAGGGCCGACUACUACAGGAAAGGUGGAAAAGCAAUGCUGCCCAUCAAGUGGAUGCCCCCAGAAGCGUUUCUGGAUGGAAUAUUCACUUCCAAGACAGACGUAUGGUCGUUCGGCGUGCUGCUGUGGGAGGUGAUGUCGCUGGGCUACAUGCCCUACACGGGGCUCACCAACCGCGAGGUGAUGCAGCUGGUGACGAGCGGCGGGCGGCUGGAGCCCCCCAGCAACUGCCCGGGCCCCGUGUACGGCAUCAUGACCCAGUGCUGGCACCCCAGCCCCGACGAGCGACCCAGCUUCGCCACCAUCCUCGAGCGGCUGGGCUACUGCACGCAGGACCCGAACGUGAUCAGCGCGCCGCUGCCGGUGUUCCAACGGCCGCCCUCGACGGAGCGCGACGCCACCAUCAUGCGGCCGCCGGCGCACGAGGACUCGUGCCUGCAGGUGCAGCGCGCCGCCGACUACCUGGUGCCGCUGCCCGCCCCCGAGGUGCCCUCCUCGCCGUCCACCAGCAGCGUGGACAAGCUGCUCGCCAACUCCGCCUCCGACUGGGAGACGAGCUUCGCCAUGCCCGAGUCGCGCUCUACGCAGCCGCUCAUAGAGGGCGGCUCCUGCAGCAGCGGCGAGGCGGCGGUGCCCUCGGCGCCCGACCGGCCGCCCGCCGUCGGCAGUCUGGUCAGCCUCGAGCACGCCUCGCCCAACAACAACAACAACAACAACAACAAGACCGGCAGCCUCAAGGGAAGCAUGCCCUUGGACCCGUCGGCCCUGGCCAAGCAGCCCUUCUCGUACGUCAACGUCAGCGUCACCCCUUCCCGCGCGCCGCCUUCCAAGGACUUGGACGGCGAGUGCCGAGCCCAUCCGUUCACCGUCCAAGGCGCGGCGGCACGUAACAUCCUUUCUGACACGGAGAUCUCCUGUUGAGUCCAAAACGCGGUGGCUCGCAAGAUCCUGUACAACACGGAGAUCUCCUGUUGAGUUCAAGGUGCGGCGGCCCGCAACAUCCUGUCCGACACGGAGAUCUCCUGUUGAGUCUAAAGUGUGGUGGCUCGCAACAUCCUGUCCGAAACGGAGAUCUCCUGUUUAUUCCAAAACGCGGUGGCUAACAAGAUCCUGUACAACACGGAUAUCUCCUGUUGAGUCUAAAGCGCGGCGGCCCGCAACAUCCUGUCCAACACAGAGAUCGCCUGUUGAGUUGAAGGCGCGGCGGCCCGCAACAUCCUGUCCAACACAGAGAUCGCCUGUUGAGUUGAAGGCGCGGCGGCCCGCAACAUCUUGUCCGACACAGAGAUCUCCUGUUGAGUUCAAGGCGCGGUGGCCCGCAACAUCUUGUCCGACACAGAGAUCUCCUGUUGAGUUCAAGGCGCGGCGGCCCGCAACAUCUUGUCCGACACAGAGAUCUCCUGUUGAGUUCAAGGUGCGGCGGCCCGCAACAUCUUGUCCGACACAGAGAUCUCCUGUUGAGUUGAAGGCGCGGCGGCCCGCAACAUCCUGUCCGACACAGAGAUCUCCUGUUAAUUCCAAAGCGGGGCGGUUCGCAAGACCCUGUCUGACACGGAGAUCUCAUGUUGAGUCUAAAGCGCGGCGGCCCGCAACAUCCUGUCUGACACAGAGAUCUCCUGUUGAGUUCAAGGCGCGGCGGUUCGCAACAUCCUGUCCGACACGGAGAUCUCAUGUUAAAGGGUGAUUGCACUGCAGACUGCCACCUUAGAUUAAUUUUCUCGGUGUGAAUAUCUACUUCUAUUUAAUUAAACCUUUAGGUUUUAAAUUUAACAUCCCACCGAUUAAUUGAAUAUAUUAUUUUUUAUAUUUUACAAUAUAAAUAACAGUAUCUGUACCAGCAUAUUGAAUUUAUUUGACAUUUACAGCUAGUCCCCACCGAAGACAUGGCUAACUUAAUUUUUUUAAUAACGAGUAGUAAAAGUGUUGCCAUACGAGCUUAAAAAAUGUUGUAAAAUUCAUGCUGUACAUAAUAAAACUGAAACUAUUGUAAUCUAUCUUCACCAACAAGCGUUCUCGUAAGUAAUGAAUUGAAAUAAAGUAUAGAAAAAUAUAUUUUAAAAAAGAAGGUGGCACAUCGAAGUACCAAAAAAUUGUUUCAAAAAAGGUGUUAGAACGCAGAUGGAGUUUUCUCUGGGACUUUGACCAAUACAAGGUAAUUGAAAAGUCUCGGUGUGACUUAAUGUACAAAUAAUCGUCAAGAAAUUAUAAUGUGUGAAUAAAAGAACAGGAAAAGAACAUCAGACUGAAAUUUGGUGUUAUGUAGUGCUUUUUGUAUAAACAAUUUGAGACAAUGCCAGUGAUAAAUAAAAAUCACAUUUUCUAGAACGUAAGCAACAUUUUAUAUAUAAAACCAUGUAAUUACUUGAUUAAACUUGUAAAUUUACAAUGUAUAGUAUGUCAUAUUGAUCAUUGUAUACAUAUAAAUAUAAUUAUGUAUAAAUAGGCUGUAAAUUUUUUUUCGUGGAUUGGUAAAUGUGGUGAUACUAUGGAAUGUACGAAUUAUUUUCAUGAAUAGUUAUAAUUGAUACAAACAUGUUUGGUAAGAAGAUGGUUUCGCAAGGUAAUUUUAUAAGGAGGUAUGAUACGGUGAACAUCUUAAGUAAAUAUGUCGUGCUAUAACCUGUUGUAAUAUAUGUACUUUGAUUUGGAAGAUAUAAUCAUUUCUGAAUUAUAACCGAAAAAAUGGGCUUUUUGUUCUUGAAAAUUAUGUUAAUAUCAGGGGUGUCAUGCUAAAUAGGCGUUACCGAACCAGUAGGAGAAUAGAAAGGAAUACUGUUGUUAUAACCACAAGCCAGGAAUAAACAAACACUUUUACUUCCACUCUUAUCAUAGAAUUUAAUUACUACUAACCCAAUCAUGUUUUUACAUAUGAAGUUUGUUAAAUUAAUGAUUCAAAAAUUUUAGCACCCGUUUGUGUUACAUAUUUCAAUUUUUUAUUAGCAAUACCUUAUUUAGAAAAAUAUAAAUAUAUAAAAUGGUUGGAAAAAUUCUUAUUACAGUACACAUAGGUGACUUUAGUACAAUAUUAAUAGCCUAGAAAGACAUCUACUAUCAAAGAAAUCGCGUAAUUCUUAUCAGUCAGAAAUUAAAAAAACAACGUAUUUGGACAUGUAGCAGAUCUAAUUUCAAGUGCAGACAUAUUGGAAAAAAAUACCUCACAGUACACUGCGUGCCUAUAUCUUCAUUCAAGUGGGAGCUAAUUUUCAACAUGCAAAUGUAUAAUCAUUGUUUGAAAUCAUUGAAGUUCUAUACUUGUUUUGAGUAAAAACCUUGUGGGCUGUGAUACGGCACUACGGAUGACACCCCUGCCUAGUCUUUGAAGUUAAGCCUGGGACCAAAAUCAUUGCGAGAGAGCUUUCUUGCUCAUUCUCGUUCACACUUGACAUCACAUAUAGUCAUCUCUCUCUCUUUCUCUCUCGCUCUCUCGCUGUCCUAGCCCGUGCGGGAGGAGAAAGCGCAACAAAGGAAAAGUAUUGUGACAAAAUGCCCUAAACUCUUACACACACAUUGAUAACCACAUUAAUUAUAGAAGGGACGUUCGAUUUUGUCAGUUUAUAGGAUACAGCGUGGUUUAGUUUUAUUAAAAAUAAAUUAUUUUAUAAUUUAAGAUGUACUUUUUGAGUAACAUUUUAUUUUGAAAUAACAAUGUUGAAUUUUACUAACAGUUUUAUUUUCACAUGUCAGUCUGUACAUUCACAAACUUUUCUACAUAAAACCCACCCAUAUUAAGGCACUUGUAGUAUCGUACAACCUGCAUUUGUAUCCCAUCCCCAUAAAAGUCUGCCGCUUGAUUUAACAACCAAUGAGAUUCGGGGAAACUCAUCAGAUAACGACGAAAUCGUAUCGUUAAAUCUUAUCGUUUAAUUUCUGCAACACGUCUUCAGCAAUGUCAGAAGUUCACCCACUUCGUUCCUCAUCAUGAACAUUCGUGCAGCCAUCUUUAAAAGCUCCAACCCAUUUCGAUACCAUUCCUUGGGUCAUAAUGUUUUCUCCACACACUUCAAUGUCUGAUGAUGAAUUUCAGCCGCUUUCGCGCCUUUAGCACUAAGAAAACGAAUCGCAGCGCGUAUUUCACAGUUGCAGUCGGUGGGAUUAUCAAUCGGUGACGGGCAUUUUGAAUACACUUAAACAAACGUAAACACGGCCAAAUGUUUCCGUAAUGGCGUUUGUAAAUUGCCAACAGACGUAGGUACACAUCCCGCAUGCGCGGAAUGCCGACCGCAGCGCUGCAUCGGCAGAAUUCGUAAACGGUACUUACUUAAAAAACACCUCUCUUAUGUAAAGUCAUUGAUUUAAGUGGCACCCAGUAUUUUAAACGCUCAACAUGGCUAUUAACUGCUCAAUGUAGCUUUCGGUUUGAUAUUUUCGGGUUAAGCAAAAAAUCGAAAUAUAAUUUAGAGGCCAAAAAAUACAUAUUUAAACGGUGAUAAGGGCAACUGAAUGUCAUUCCCAGGGAACAGUAAAAUCCUUAAUCCGUGUAUCACGUGAACAAACAUGUUCGAGAGAAAGAGAGAGAAGGUAUAAAGUGAGAGACUUAGCUUAAGUAUUCUGUAUUUGCUUAAGUAUUUGCUUUCAUGAUACCAAAGUAGCUACAUAUUUGGGACGAUAAGCUUGUAUGGUAUAUGAAAGGCCUCCCGGAGAAAAAAAAGGAUUGCGUUGUUUAAUUUUUCUUUAUUUUAAUUUUGUACAAACCUUAAAAUGAGUAAAUUGACACACUGUUGAAUGGAAUGAAAGUUAAUUUAUUGAAUAUAAAUUGAAUAUGUACUUAUUUAUGUGUUUGUCAAGUUAUAGGGGUAAACACAAGGAAAUAUUAAGUUGCAGUUCAAUAUACUCAUUUUAUAAAACCUUGGUAAUUAUUAUAUUCACAACAUAUUUUUGUUUUUACAUUUACAUUAUCAAAGUAUGUCGCAUCUAUUGGUAAGAGUAAAUUAAAGUUAUUUUGGGAAAUAUUAUGUACUUAAUUACUUAAUUAGGAUGAAAGUGUAUAUAAAAGAACUAAUAUAUGACUUUUCCAUCUCACAAAUGAUACAUGUUCAGGAUUUUUUUUGUGACUAAAUCCUAAUUUUAAGAGGGUGCAAUUUGUUUUUUAGAGCUGAUAAAGAUAUUAUUUUGUGUCUGCAUAAAACAUUCUUUCUUUUAAUUUUCAUUCUUAGGCUUUACUAUGGUCGAUUCAGUCGCGAAAAUAUGUUUAAUUUUUCAAAAGAGUGGCAUAACUACAUGAAGCCUUCCACUGGCAGUGUUGUUUGAAAGAUUCUACGUUAAAUGUGUAAACACACGUGGAUGAUGUGUAAACAAGUUUUCUAUAUAAAUGUAACUUCAAACAUUAUAAACGUUAAUUGGGCUCUGUCUUGUUGAUAUAAAAACUUCAACGGUUAACCUUAAAAUUACUAUCUUAGGAAUUACUUUUUACGUGGUGUGGGGGCAAUAUUUAUUUUUAUUUUAACUUAGCUUGUCACCGCACAAUGUAUUUUCAUUACUGCUUAAUUAGCAAAGAUUAAAGAAUCACACGAUUUUAUAGGGAGGGGGAUAUCCCUCGAUAUAUCGUUUUCUCUUCCGUUGGAUUCCAUUAAAAAUAACAUUUAAAGUUAAACCCUCUUCUAGCUGUCCGUUAGUUAAAAUAAUUUUUGUGCAUAGUUUACAGGAAUUAUCCUAAAAAAACUAUUUUUUAUAUAUAUUUUUGUUUUAAACUUUCUUACAUAUAUUAAAAAAAUAAAAGGUACUUAAGAUUAUAAACAUAUAAUUUUUUUUAAAGAGCAACACUAUUUUUGUAUUAAAUUAUUUUUACUCUUUUUUAUUGUAUUCGAAACUCAAUGAAAAUUAAUCUGUUAAUUUUAUUUUUCACGUUUGUGUGCCUAAUAUUUUAUUUUUAAACGCGCAAUUUUUUAAGUAUAUGUAGCUUCUUUCAUUAAUAAUUCAAGAAUCAAAUAUUGCGUAGAAAUGUUUUUGUUAAUAUAACGUAUAAUUUUAUUUUCGAAUGAAUUUUUACUUAAAAACAAAUUACUUGUUAAUUAUACUGUAAAGUAAAUAUUUCUACAGCCAAAACCUAAAAAAUAACUAAUGAUUAUAUAACCUUGAAAAAAUUAUUAAUUUUUUUAUUUCAGAAAAAGUAGUUAGAAUGAUUAUUUUCAUGGUUUCGAAGGAGUAUAUUUUUAUGUACAGUUAAUACAUCAGUUGUAUGUGUGGGGUCAUGUAAAUACUUGUUUGUUUCCUAGAAAAGUUGAGAAUGAAAAGUGCGUAAAGAAAUAAUAAGACCACUUGACACCUGAAUAUUUGCUCUAUAAGAUUUCCUGUACUAAAUAUGUGUACAGUUGUACUAUUGUGUAGGAGAGUGUUAUAGGUUUGCAUGAGGUGGAGAAAAAUGCUGUAAUAUGUGCAGAUCAUUACAUGUUCUAUUUCACACAUUCCGAAGCAAAAUAUACCUUUUGGAUUAUUUAGUUUUCACAUGCUGUUCACUGGUUAUGGAUAAAGUUUUAAGUAAAAUAUUUUAAGUAACGAAUUAUUGUAUGAACUGAUUACAAGUACAAGGUGUUAAAAAUGGUUUGUAACUUAUAUAAUUAUAGUAAAACAUACUUAUGUACACUACAGUUCCAUUUAUAAUCUAUAAAUAAUUUUGUGCUAAGCCGAGUUAUAUUUAACUUUAUUAUUUUGACAUGAAGGAAAUUAUUUAUUUAAAUUAUAUUAAUUUUAUUUUGUAGAACUAUGUCAUGAAGUCACUUAAUACUCGAUAGUAUAGUUUCAUAUUUUUCAUGUAAGUGCAGUUUCCAGCAAAAUUUUCGAAGAAAUGUCGAAAAGUUACAUUCUACACAUUAACACAUGCCACGUUACGUUACUGAUUCAAAGACAAAAAAAAUGUGCCUCCGUUUGUUGUUUCUUUACUCUAUACGUUUGUUUUCGAAAGAGUAAUGAAAUGGCUCCCCUACAUUCUUUGGCGCGAAUUUUUUAAAAUCCAAAUGUAUUAAGCACCUACUUCACAAUGCUUUCCCUUGUGCCAUAUUUUGAAGUAUUUAUUCAAUAAUGUUCUUUCAUUAACUCAAAAGUCGCAUACUAAUCAACUUCUACUUACGUGUCAAUUAGCUAUACACUUGCACUUAUUAUUCCCGGGUUUCAUAUGCCGUGUUGAUAAUUUUGAUUUUUUUCGUCAUAUAUUUGUUGUUCUGUCACAAGUACUUGCAACAAAUAUUUAUUAAUUGUUACAUAUUGGAUUUUAAAAGUCGUGUGUCUGCAAUUGUUAGCAUUUGCACGAGUUUGUACAUCGGUUACAUUACACUUACAAGGAGAGGUCGGCUACUCGCCAUCACUGGGUUAACAGUAGAUUUAGGGCUUGACUAAAAGUUUUUACGACGAAUAUAACACCAGCACAUGGGAUUCAAUUACUGAAUAGUGAUGGAAGAAUUUAAUUUUUGUAUACGAUUUCCUAUUGUAAGCUUUAAUUACAAUAAUCUUGGAAUUUUAUUCGCAAUCCCAAGUUUCCAUUAUUAUGCGCCUGUUAAAAUAAUGACGCCAUAUUAUGCCUUUUGUGAAAACAUAAAUUAAUACCAUUCUUUAUCCAUUAUUUCGAUUAAUAUCUGACGUAAGUAUCAUAAAAACUGAAAAGAAGCUAAAGAAAAAUGGGUUCCUCGCGGGGACUCGAACCUGCGACCCUCACAGUACGAAUCCGAACUGAGCCAAUAACAGCUUUGAAUUUACGCCACAAAUGCAUGAAAGCCAAAGCGUUGAAUUUCAUGUGUUCUUAUGUUGCAAAUAAACUUAUUCGAAUCUCGGACGCAAAAUUUAACGUAUAAUUCUUUAAAAUAAUGCCGAGUGUGAUAAAUAUACGAAAAGUAUUCAUUUUACGGAAAAACGGUAAAUUGGUUUCUCCUUUAUAAAAUGUAGCUAUAAUUCUGUUUAACAAAAUAAUGUUCUUUAUUUAUCAGGGCAAGCCAAACAAUAAGAGUACCGAACGUAUCGCAUGUAAAUGCCUCCAUACGGAACAUGUGAUUUUUCUCCCUAGACCGGAAUUAUCAUCGCCUGCGUUUUCGUGGCUAUGCUUAUUUAGGCGCGUUCAGUGUGGAAUUUUAGUAUGCGCCAGAAAUGAUAUGAUAUAAUUGUACAUUACGCAAAUAAAAAUUAACAGGUAAAAAUUCAAAGACGCAUUAAUGCAGAAACAGCUAUAGCCACGAGUGAAGUCGUCAAAAUGGCGAACCCACGUGAAGUAAUAUGCACCUGUAUAUAUUAACCUUCGUGAACACCGGGGGAUAUACUAAGCGUAUUGAUGUUCUAAAGUAAUACAUUUAAUUUCAACAUUUAAUGUUUAACUGUAAAAGUUUUAUUACGAUAUUCUUUUAUUUAACAUGGUUUAAAAUAUAUACAGGCAAACAAUGUCUUAUGUCUCUACACUAUGACAUAACGCUGCGCUUUCUCUACAUUUCAAUGUUAAGUAAGGAUUGUCAAAAUUGUAAUGCGUAUUUUUUAAGUUAUUUUUUAUUUAUUUUCAUGACUAUAAAUCAUAACACAAAGUAUUAAAAGAUAAUUGUAGUAUUAUAAAGUUCAGUUUGGCACACCAGUACGCGUAGUACAUUCCUCGAUGUUCGCGAAGGUUAAUAUAUACGGAUUAAUCACGAGGGUCCGCCAUGUUGUCGAGAUUUCUGAGACUUCCACAUGUGGCAGCACCAUGUUUACACAUUGUCGUUUUAAUCGACUUACGUUAUAUUCACGAAAUCACUCUUCCCAAAGGCUGUAUACCGAAAGUCUAGGUGUUUACACAUAAAAAUGUAUGUUUACUAUUCCGAGAAUAGGGCCUAUAUAACAUAUUCAACAAUGAUAAUAAUAAUUUCUAUGGGUAAUAUUUUUAAAAUGCUUAAAACAGUUUUACAAAACGCUACGAAGAUCCAGUUAAAGCACUUGAUUUUUCAAUGGAUUUUUAGUGAUUCGGAAAGAGAUACAGUGAUGAAUAUAGACGUAGAUAAUCGCAAGCUAUGUUAUGCAUAUCUGAGCUCAAUAUUAGCCAGAAGGAAACCGGCGUUACUAAUCCACAGAGAUGAGGACACUAUUGGAUGACAAGCUUACCUAUAGUUAGUGUAGUGAAAAAACAUAGACUCUUUUAAUUACACCAGAAACAACACCAUGUCUGUCUAAAGAAAUUGCAUUGCACUUUUAAUUUUCAGAGUUCUUCUUAUCUGAGACCUAUAAUUUUGCAAUCAGUGAUACAUCAUCUGCCUAUGGCAAAAUAUUAAAAUACAGUUAAACAUCGUAUAUCUGAACUAGCUGGGACCAAAGACGAUCCGGACAGUCAAAUAUCCAUAUAUUCCGGGUUAAAAGCUAAUAAGCAAAACAACGUCCUUAAAUAAGCUGACUAACCGUUUGUUACGAUAAAAAACUAAGAUUUGUUACAAAAAUACUGAGUAUAUAUACCCUAUAUUGUUUACAAGACAUAAAAAAUAUAUAAAAAUAACUUUUCACAUCAUUUAAAAAUAAUUUAUGAUAAACUUUCUUCUGUUUCAAACAAGUAUGGUGUUUGAAUGAAGCACAAUCACGCAAAAGCGGUGCAUAACAGUUCAGCUGGAGUGGUGUCAGGCUGAUGCUACAUGUACGCUAUGAUAGUUUGUCAGCUGGUGUGUUUUCUUAAACUCAACAAAAAUCAUUUUACUACCAUAAUUCUACUAUCUAUGCAGGAACUGUACAUUUAAUCAAACUUAAAAGUGAAUAUUUUCCUUACUUAUAGUUACAUUCUUGAUAUAGUAGUUAAAACUUUUUAUGUGAACAUUAAAACAAAUCUGACCCAUAUUAUCUGGAGAUAUAGAUCAACGAAGGCCACAUAAACGAGGUUUUACGGUGUGUACAAAUGUAUAAGGUAGGGUGACAAAAAUGGUUUUAAUUUGAAUUUUCCCUCAAACGUUUAUAUUUUUUCAAUCAUAAUUACUUCUAGAGUGUUUUGUAUGUUUCCAGGGUUAGUUUUUCGACUGGCUGUAAUGCUUCAACCUGUAAGAUAUUAUCUGACAUCACAUCACUUAAUUGCAGCAGAAAAUAUUAUUCUCGUUUCCUAUGUUAUGUUUCCUAUGUAUGUCAGUAGGUGCUUUAAAACAAUAACAAUAAUUGACUAUGUACUUUUUUUGUUUAUUGACAUUCAUACAAUGAGAGAAAAAUGUUUGCAGAGAAAUAUUAAAUUAUCUUAGUUGAUAAUUUUGUAACAAAAUGCCCAAAAAAGUUUUUUUUUUAAACUACAAUAGUGUUAGUAAUUGUAAAUAUUAUUUAUUUAGGCCUACAUCAUGCUACUAUUUUAAUAAAUUAAAAUUUUUGUAUAUUUUUCUCUUUAUUUUGUUUUUAAUACUUACAAAAGUGUUUUCUGUGUUGUUCUUGAAUGUUUCCUGAAUUUUUGUAUGUACUUAAUGUCCAAAAAGUAUGACAAUAAUGAUAGUAACAACAAGCUUUCGAAUUUAAUUUAAUUUAAUAGUAUGUCCAUGAGGAGACUGUAAUACUCUUCUUGCUAUGUGAAACAGUUAUGGCUGUUAUAUAUAGUACAUAAAUAAAGUUUUAUUGAUGUUG